AAAGAGAGAGACACUUUGGUUUACACUGCAGGGACACAGAUGAGCCUGCUAUAUAUAGCCCAGGGCACCAGGGUGAGAGGCAGGACAAGCCUCAGAGAGUCACCCAGCAUUCAGUGAAAACUACUACUGACUAACUGAGGGUCACAGCUAAGAGGGACUCGUAGCUGGACUUUUAUGAAUACCGGUAAGCAGCAGAAGCCAGUGCUAACAGGCCAGCGGUUCAAGACCAGGAAAAGGGAUGAAAAGGAGAGGUUUGAGCCCACAAUUUUCAGAGACACGAUUGUUCUGGGGCUCAACGAAGCGGGCGGGGACCUUGAUGCUGUAGCCAAGUUCCUGGACGUCACCGGGUCCCGACUGGACUACCGCCGCUAUGCCGACACCCUCUUUGACAUCCUCAUCGCGGGGAGCAUGCUCGCUCCCGGUGGGACUCGCAUUGACGAGGGGGACAAGAGCAAGGUGACAGAACACUGCGUGUUUACUGCCGAGCAAGACCAUGCUAGCCUCCGCCGCUAUGCUCAGGUUUUCAACAAGCUUAUCAGGAGGUACAAGUACCUGCAGAAUGCAUUUGAGGAGGAAAUCAAAAAGCUUCUGCUGUUCCUGAAGGCAUUCAGCGAAUCAGAGCAGACCAAGCUGGCUAUGUUGACUGGCAUCCUAUUGGCUAAUGGCACUCUGCCCCCGCCCAUCCUCACCAGCCUCUUCAGUGACAAUGUUGUCAAGGAAGGUAUCUCUGCAUCCUUUGCAGUGAAGAUGUUUAAGGCAUGGAUAUCUGAGAAAGAUGCUAGUGCAGUUACCUUAGCCCUGAGGAAGGCUAACUUGGAUAAGAAACUCCUGGAGCUGUUUCCUGUGAACAAGCAGAAUGUGGAGCACUUCUCCAAGUACUUCAAUGAGGCCGGGCUCAAGGAGCUGUCGGACUUCAUGCGUGUGCAGCAGUCUCAAGGAACACGCAAGGAGCUGCAGAAGGAACUGCAGGAGCGCCUCUCUCAGAAUUCCCCCAUAAGAGAGAUGGUAGCGUACGUGAAGGAGGAGAUGAAGAGGAGCGACCUCCAGGAGCAGGCUGUGAUCGGUCUGCUAUGGAACAUUCUCAUGAACGCUGUAGAGUGGAACAAGAAGGAAGAGCUGGUCACGGAGCAAGCUCUCAAACACCUUAAACACUAUGCUCCCCUGCUAGCAGCGUUCAGCACCCAGGGCCAAUCAGAACUGGUCCUGUUGCUGAGGAUCCAGGAAUACUGCUACGACAACAUCCACUUCAUGAAGUCCUUCUCCAAGAUAGUGGUGCUCUUCUACAAAGCUGAUGUGCUGAGUGAGGAGGCCAUUUUAAGGUGGUACAAAGAUCCUCACACCACCAAAGGAAAAGGUGUCUUCGUCGACCAGAUGAAGAAGUUUGUAGAGUGGCUGCAGAAUGCGGAGGAAGAGUCGGAAUCUGAGGGAGAGGAGGACUAGAAGAGACAGACCAGCAAGUCUGCUGUAUACAGUGGCCUGAACAUGUCACUCAGCUCCCCCAUGGUUCCCCUGUCGUUCCUCGGUUCUACGCCACCUUCAUGAUAUGCUAACUGUUGUAUUUCAGAAGAUUUGCUAAUCAUAACAUAUUCUCAUGGUUUUCAGAGACAUUAAAGUUUAUUUCUAUGGAACUCAUGUAUGAGAUGAAUUCAACACGGAACAAGCUCACCGAUAAUGUCCAGUUGAGCAGGGGUACUAGAUUUAUUGAUCUUUCUUCAGGCAGUCGAAACACAACCCCAAGGACAAUCAACUAGAUUUCCAGCCUAGAAAAGUUAACUGACGUAAUCUAUUAAAACAGCCUUUAAAGGCCCAAGAUCUGACUUUCUUUCAUAGGGGAUUAGGCUUUUAAUAAAGAGGCCAAACACAUUAGUCAGUCAGAGCAGCCUUCUUUUAUUAUGAUUGGUCAAGGAUAAAGGAAGUUAAGGAGCUUAAUCUGCAGUAGUCAUACUCCUUUUAUGAAUUACAAAUUUGUAUGAAACUUGUUUGUUAAUAAAUCAAUUUUAUAUUCAGUCA